GCCCCGCCCAAUAAUGGCUGGCAAAACUCAAAAGCAGACCAGCUACUUUGGAAGAAACCCAAACUCGACAUAAAAUUGAAGAACAGUUGAAAUUGGAAAACAGGGAAAAAGAAAGCAGAACGCACAGGGGUUUCCAAAUUAAACCGUGAUUUCAGAAAACAGCGAAUGAUAAUAUUGAAGAACACCAGCGGCAGCUGUUGACUUCCGUAGAAUCUCAGAUACGGGGGUUGCACAGGGUUUCUGGUAUCGAAUUGGAGCUCCAGUUAGGGUUUACUCCCAUUUCUCGGAAGAGGCUAAGCAUAUGAGGUCAUAAAUAUUCUAUAUUAUGAAGACACUUGAGGACUUAUUUGCGUUGGCCGAAAUUAAUAAUGGGCUUGAGACUCCUAUUCGGGUCAAGGAGCUCAUUGCUAUUAUACAAAAGGAAAAAGAUGGUGAUGCCAAUCGGAGUAUAGCUGAUGCCACUAAACAGUGGUCUGCUGUUGCAUGCACCAUAGCUGCAACUAAUAAUGAAGAUUGUCUUCAACUUUUUAUUCACUUAGAUGGUCUGAAUUUUAUUGACAGUUGGCUGAAGGACGCUCAGAAGUUUUCUAAUGACUCAAUUGAUGAUGAUGAUGAUGAUAAUAAUAAUAAUAUUAGUUUCACAAUAGAAGAGUCGAUCACUGAUUCACUUCGGGCAGUAGAGAAGUUGGUGCAUGUGUGCAACGGGGAAUCAGCUUCUUCUGGAAUCAGAAUAUCUGUUGAGAAGCUCCUUGGUCACAAGAGUUCAAAGGUGCAAGAGAUGGCAAAAGCUCUCAUUGAUAAAUGGAAGCAAGGUACAGUUUCUGUUUCCAUGGAUGUUGAACUUGUAAAUCUAGAAGAAAAGGGUUUGUCAGAAUCUUCAUGUGGGGUUGUUCGCCAUUCAGACGAAGGGUGCAAUGAACAUGAUAGAGACAAUCUUCUUCCUUCUUUGAGAUCCGAAGAAGCAUCUGAUAAAUCUUUAGAGUAUAAAAUAAUGCAAAAUGGGCCAUCCACUUAUGUGAACUCUCCUUCACCGACAAUGCAAAAUGGCGAUCUUCGUAAUGAGGAAGAAAGCACUAAGUUGAUGCAUCCAGAACAUGGCCCUCUGAAUGAACAGGGUAAAAACAAUUCUAAUGAUUGUUUGAAGGGUAAACAGAAAACAGGCAGUUCAGAGACAUUAGAUGACACAGUUUUCUCAUCAGAUGAUGAAACAAAGGAUGCAAUGGGUAAAGAAAGUGAAUAUGGAAAUCAUUGCAGAAGCACAACGCCUUUGGUGAUUGAAGCUAAUGAAAGUUCAAAAAGAAGCAAUUUUGGAAGGGAGGAGUCUGAUGAGGAAGAUCAUAGUGGUGAUGAAAGUGAUGGUGAUCUUCCAUUUGGACAAUUUUACAUGGGGAAUAAAGAUGCUGCUGAUAUGAUUGGUAUCAAAAAAUCUAAUGAUCAUGAUUUGGGCUGCUGCAGCAUCAUGGAUCCACUAGAGGUAGCUCUGCAAGUUGCCAUGGAAGUGGGGAGAGAGUUUGAGCACAGCUCUGUGAAAAAGACAGCCACAGUUCACCAUGAGGAGCCCACCAAUAGCAUCCCAACAUCAGAUUCUGAGAGUGAAAAACACUGUGAAACUAGUACUACUACUACAACCGAUUCCCCCUCAAACAAGGGGGAGGAGGCACAAAAGCUAAUAAUAUGUCCUCCUAUUUGCGAUAAUGAUGCUUCCCCCUCAACAUCAGAUUCUGAGAGUGAAAAACACUGUGAAACUAGUACUACUACUACAACCGAUUCCCCCUCAAACAAGGGGGAGGAGGCACAAAAGCUAAUAAUAUGUCCUCCUAUUUGCGAUAAUGAUGCUUCCCGGGCUGUUGGUGGGGGGCAUGUAAAUAUUUCAGCAGUCGAUAAAACACAAGACUUGGUGGAUUCUUCUCUGGUAACUAUUGGUGUGAAGGGUUCGUGUGAUUUUGAUUUAAAUCAAGAAGUGUUCACAGAAAAAGAUACAGCGGAGCAGCAACAUAGCAACUGCCGUCUUGAUAUUGAUCUAAAUAUGUGUGAUGAAGAUGCUGCUGUUGGAGGAGAAGCUAAGAGAUGUCUGGAUUUGAACACCAGAGAUGAAGAAGAUAAUAACAUGGCUGCUGCUGGGGAGGAGUCUUCUUCUGUGGAUGAAGCAGCGAGUGUUUCCAAAAUGCCUCCAAGGGGGGUUGAUGUUGAUCUUAACUGUGUAACCGAAGAAGCUCAUCCAACUGAUUGGAUGGGGAUGGAGAGACGACUGCUAUCUAAAUAUCCAAACAGUCCCCACCAAAGUCAAUCUCGUCCAUCUUCCUCAUCCUCAUUUCUUAACAUUGACCUAAACGACAAUCGGGGGUUUCUUCAUGAUUAUUCCUCAAAUCACUUGUCCAAUUUCACCAACCCUUCUCUACAUGCCGUGUCCAUCAUGGGAAUGAAAGUUGACUUGAACAAAAAAGAGUCUCUUGUACCAGGACUUCCAAUAAUGCCCUUGGGCCCUGUUCAUAAUAGUGCUGAGGGGAUGGAAUCCCUGUUUGCAUACCCUCGCCCGGCCACAGGUUAUAAAAAUAAUUACAACCGUAUAACAGCACCUGGACAUGCUUAUGGAUCGGUGGGACCUGUUCCCUGCAUGGUUGAUUUUAGAAAAGUCCCAGUUACACCUCGCAUGGUGGGACCCACUUCGUAUAUGACUCCUGUUUUCCCUCAACUGCAACCGUAUGGGCAACCGAUAAUGACACCACAAAGUGGUUUUGAUCUGAACGACAGUGGCUUGAUGAUUUCACCACCACCACCUCCUGAUGCCAGAGAAUUGAACCGGCAAUAUUUGGACCCUCUUCUUCAGCCCAUCUCACAACCAUCAACAAGUUUGACUGUUGGUGAGAAACGGAGAGAGCCUGAGGGUGGGUGGGAGCCCUACCCUUGUAACUUUUUCAAUCGCCAUUGAAAUAGAACUUUUUUGGUGGCUUUUUGGAUCGAUUGUAAGAGUAUAUUAAUCAUUUAUUUGACAGAGGCAAUCAGUUUUCUGAUCGUUAUAGCCAUAGAUGAUUAAUGAAGAAGAUAGGACAGCAGCCUUCGUAUACUGAUACAUGCAUACAGCUGUUGGAGGAAGUUAUAAAAGUUGUAACUUUCAUACUUAAAUAGGGGUUAUAGGGCAUUGAAUAAUGCGGAGUAAAAGUUAUUUCUGUUAAACAUUUUUUUCCUCCUGCCAAAUUGUGAGCUGUUACUAUCGAUUACAAUCAUUAUGUCUUUUAAACAGAUUGGCCAUUUCCUCUCAAAACAAUUUGGGUUCAUGUUUUCUUCUUA